UUUCGGAUUUCAGGCCGAGCUUAUCAUUCUUCCAGCCCUUCCAGCCUUUGGGUAUUACUCUGCCUUCUCAGUGACGGAGCUUCCAGGAGGAAUAGAGAAGCAGUGCCUGCUUCAGUUCUCUUUUUCCUUGCUUUCUCAUUUCUUCAGCAAGAGCUCCCCCUCCCUCUUGGAACUUUUCUCCAGCCCUUUGCAUUGGAACUUGCCCUACAAGAGGGGUUUUAUUUUUUUAUCUUCUCGUGUCUCAGCACUGAGGGAUGCAGCCACUUCUAGCCUGAAGCCAUAAUGAAAGACAGAACACUUUUCUUCACCCAGUGACUGGCCAGAUACCAGAAGAAAACAACCAAUUUGAUCUGCAAACUUCUGCCUUGGACAUGUCAAACAAAACAGGCAGUAAGCGUCCGGCACCAGUCAACAGUGAAUCUUCUAAUCAUACCAUGGUUUCAGAAGCUCCUCAGGAACGACCCAAUGGCCGAGCCUCACGCUCCUCCAGGAAGGGGAUUGCAUUUGGGAAACGAUCCAAUUCCAUGAAGAGGAAUCCCAAUGCUGCAGUGACCAAGAGUGGCUGGCUCUUCAAGCAGGCCAGCUCAGGGGUGAAACAAUGGAAUAAGCGCUGGUUUGUGCUGGUGGAUCGCUGCCUCUUCUACUACAAAGAUGAGAAGGAGGAAAGCAUCUUGGGCAGCAUCCCACUUCUCAGCUUUCGGGUUGCAGCUGUCCAGCCAUCAGAUAACAUCAGCAGGAAAUAUACUUUUAAGGUGACUGUGUGCUGGAUGGAAGAGACACGAGGGAGUAACAAGAAGUCACUCUCUCCUCAGGCUGAGCACGCUGGCAUUCGGACUUACUUCUUCAGUGCUGAGAACAACGAGGAGCAGGAGUCUUGGAUCCAAGCCAUGGGCGAGGCUGCUCGGGUGCAAAUCCCACCCACUCAGAGCAAGAACCACCAGCACCACCACCACCGCAGUGUUCCAGCCAGGGAGUCUGCCAAAGCUGAGCCAGAAGCCAAGACCAGGGGUGAAGGUGAUGGCCGUGGCUCAGAGAAGAUUGAAAGGAAACCAGAGCGAGUAGAGAGCAAGAAAGAGUCAUUGGUGAAAGCUAAUGGCGUUGUGAGUCAAGAAAUGCCCUCUGAGCCUCUAAGCCCUUAUCCUGAAGCCUCCCAUGUGCCACCUGGGGUGGAAAGGCAAACGCAGCCAAAUGGCUGGCAAUAUUCAUCUCCUAGUCGACCUGGCAGCAUGGCCUACCCACAACAUGAUGGUGAGACUGCUGUGCCUCGUCGGAGUUUUGCUCCCCGCACCAAUCCUGAGAAGAUUGCCCAGAGGAAGAGCUCCAUGACACAGCUGCAGCAGUGGGUAAACCUGCGCCGUGGGGCCGUACCUCCUGAGGAUCUCCAAAGCCCCACCAGGUUCUACCCAAUGUCCCGAAGAGUUCCUGACUACUAUCCCCCAUACUCCCCCCAGUUCUCUGAGGAUUACCAGUAUUACCCUCCUGGUGUGCGUCCUGACAGCAUCUGCUCUAUGCCUGCCUAUGAACGUGUGAGCCCUCAGUGGUCUGUGGAUGACAAGCGACACUCCUUCCGCAACAGUGGCACGUACCAACUGCGUGACUGGAAGGAACAGCCUGGCUAUGGCAGACAGGAUGUGCCUGUCUGGAUCCCAGGCCCCACACGACAGCCAGUUUACUAUGAUGAAAUGGAUGCUGCUUCAGGCUCUUUACGCAGGAUGUCACUCCAGCCUCGCUCCCGGUCGGUCCCUCGCUCACCAAGCCAAGGUUCCUACAACAGAGCCAGGGUAUACUCCCCAGUCAGGUCACCCAGCGCCCGGUUUGAAAGAAUGCCUGCCCGGAGUGAGGAGAUUUAUGCUGAGCCAACAACCUACAUGAUGAGGCGAUCAGUCAGUUCCCCAAAGUAUGAUUAUCUGGGUGACAGGAGGCCUGUCCCUGCAGGAGUGUUCCCCUUCAACUAUCCAGCAUCCCCUACAGUCCACGACAAAAUGGAUGAACUUUUAGACCUUCAGUUGCAAAGAAACCUAGAAUAUUUGGACCAACAGAUGAGCGAGAGCGAGACUUUGAUCAGUAUGGUGAACAGAAUGGUGGAGAGCUCCUCCCCUAGGGCUCAGCUGUACAUGCAAGUGUCUCACUUCCCUGAAGCUUAUAGAGAAACGCUGCACACCUACAAGAUAAGCGAGCAAGAUACAGAUAAACUCCUGGGAAAGCUCUGUGAACAAAACAAAGUGAUGAGGGAACAGGAGAGGCUGGUGCAGCAACUUCGUGCAGAGAAGGAGAGUCUAGAGAGUGCACUAAUGGGCACACACCAGGAGCUAGAAAUGUUUGGGAGCCAGCCAGCCUACCCUGAAAAGCUGCUGCACAAGAAGGAAUCCCUCCAGAACCAGCUGAUCAAUAUCCGGGUGGAGCUGUCCCAAGCCAGCACGGCACUGGCCAACAGCACCAUAGAAUAUGAGAACCUGGAGGGUGAGGUAUCAGCCUUGCAUGAUGACCUGUGGGAGCAGCUGAACUUGGACAUCCAGAAUGAAAUGCUCAAUCGGCAAAUCCAGAAGGAGAUCUGGCGGAUCCAAGACGUAAUGGAGGGGCUGAGGAAGAAUAACCCUUCCCGAGGCACAGACACUGCAAAGCACAGAGUGACCCUUGGCCCAUCAGGAACCUACAGCUCCAAUAGCCCAGCCAGCCCUUUGAGCUCAGCCAGUCUCACAAGUCCACUGAGCCCUUUCUCCCUUGUGUCAGGUUCCCAGAGCUCCCCUACCAAGCAAGGCAGCAAUGAGGAGCCUGGUCCACCUCGACCUCCCCUCCCCAAAUCAUAUGUGCCCUUGGAAUCUCCUCCGAUUAUCCCUCCGCUCCCUACUGAAAGCCGCCUCUGGCCGUAUCCUAAUUCCCCUUCCUGGCAGCAAAGCAGCGAGGCGAAGAGGGGACAGUCCAAGUCCAGCUUUGAGCCAAGCAAGAAAGACCACCAGCGAACAACAGCCUCCAGUGCUACAGUGGAGUCAGGGCUUUUGCAGACACGGCAAGAGCAAGAAACUGACAAGCAAAUAGCUCUCAACAAAGUUGGCAUUGUUCCCCCAAGGACCAAAUCACCCCUGGACGAGGACACCAUCCCCACAUCAGGUGUGAUAAGAAGGAGUGCAAGCAACCUACCCAAUGGACUGAAUUCCCGGGAUAGGCCAAAAAGUGCUGUGUUCGCCAAUGAGAUGAAGGCAAAGAUGAGUGUAGAGGAACAGAUUGAUCGCAUGAAGCGCCACCAAAGUGGUUCUAUGAAGGAGAAAAGGCGGAGCUUGCAGCUUCCAGCCAAUCAGCAACAGAUAGAGAGCUCUGUCUCCAAAACUCCUGCUUCUUACAAAGUGGUUCGCAGACACCGUAGCAUCCAUGAAGUAGACAUAUCUGAUCUAGAGGCAGCCUUGCGCUCAGAAGACCCCAGCAAGAUGUAUGAAACCCCCCGGGAAGAGAUUGCUCGGCUGCGUAAAAUGGAGCUGGAACCAGAGCAUUAUGAUGUAGAUAUCAGCAAAGAGCUUUCCACUCCAGACAAAGUCCUCAUACCAGAAAGAUACAUUGAGUUGGAACCUGACACCCCACUGAGUCCUGAGGAGAUAAGGGAGAAGCAAAAGAAAGUGGAAAGGAUAAAGACCCUCAUUGCCAAAUCCAGCAUGCAGAAUGUGGUCCCCCUCAAUGAGGGAGAGGUGGACAUGCCCCAGGACCCAGAGACCCAGCUUCAGGAGCAGGAGAAGCGAAUUGAGAUCUCCUGUGCUUUGGCUGCAGAAGCCUCCAGGCGGGGUCGUAUGCUCUCUGCUCAAUGUGCCACCCCGAGCCCUCCCACCUCCCCAGCCUCCCCGACUCCACCGACUAAGUCCCUCUCGUCUGACUCAUCCCAGGGCACCGACAGCCAUUUUAUGCGUGUCUGAGCCAUAAACACAAGCCCUGGCUGCUGUGAAUGCUGUGAAAUUCCACGGAGCUACAUUUUAACACACAAGUGUGCAUCCCAACACAACCACUUAGCAAUGUGCUCAUUGUGGUGCUGGUUCUCUCUGAACCCCUCCUUUGGUUGACUUGUGAGAACAUUCAGGAAGGAAAAGCUGCCUCUGAGAAGAACAGGGAUGUCUCACUUUGUCCCAGUUUCUCUCCACCCCUGUGACCCAUAGCCACUGCCCAAGCAAGCCCUUGGAAACGAUAAGGGAUGCUACAGACAGGAGCUGUUUCAUUCUGCAACACCCAUCUGAGUCAAUGGCAUAAACUCCAAGGCAAACGACCAGCAGCUAAAGACCAACUGUUCACUGGGCAGAGAGCCAGCACUGGACUGGAAAGGGGUGGUAGUGAUGAUGGGGGCGGGGAGAGGUGAGGCUUCCCCCACUAAUGGGCCUGACUCCUGGAACUCAACCCCCUUUCACCAUUCUGGAAGAAGCAGGAGGGGGGGCAGGAGGAAGUUGUGUGAAGAAUGACUUGUCACUGCAGCCAGGGGUGUUCGGAACCCUUCACUGAAAUGAGCACCCAGCUUUUCUCCUUCACACACCUUUGGUCUCCUCCUCCAAUCCGAAUGGCUUUAGUAUCCUUAAUCUCUAGAGCUAAGCAACCCGUGAUACCUUGCACGGCCAUGCUUCUCUGCUUAUGCUUACUACCAUUCAUGGGACAGGAAGGAGCAUGAAUGGACAAAUAGAAUUUUAAUGGAAGUGGCAGGUGAAGUGAUCAGUGUGUGUGUGGGGGGGGAGGAAGCAGAAGAUGCUUUGGAAUCAUCUUGCUUGCAGAAAUAUGCUGUAGCUGUGAUUUCUUCUUUCCAAAGCUUUGGGUGGGGUAGAGCAGCAGGUUGGUUCAGUGUUUGUGGAUGAAAGAUACACAGGUGCAUGUGUGCGUGAUGAAAGCUCUAUUGGAUGAGAUUGGCUUGUUAGUGAUGCUUUGAUGCUUUCAGCAUCCCAGUGAAGUCUGUUUGCCAGUAGACACAAAGCAGCAUUGGGACUGGGUGGAUUGACAUUUCUUUCCUGGCAUCAGAGCCAAUAUACAAUUGUGUCACUGAGCAUUCACCUUCUGAGUGCUCCAGGGCAUGAAUCAAUCUCUAAAUAAUUGGGCCAGAAUGAAAACUGUAUGUUAGAUACAUAACUGCAUGAACCAUGCAUUUAUGAGUUUCUUGUACCAUACCUUGAAGCAGCUGGUACUGCUCAUAAAGAUGGGGGUAUUGAAUUAGGGUUGCAUCCACAUAGACAUAAAUUGCCACAUUGGGAAAGCACAUCCCUUCUGUUUCACACAGAAGUAUAGUUUUCUCUUGAACAUAGGAAGCUUCCAUAUACUGA